CCCUCAGUUCCCUGGGUGCCGUUAGAGGGCGGGUCUCGCGCCCGCCCGCCUGCCGCAGAAGUUAGGACUAUGGAGGAGCCUGGCAUGCCCCAUGAAUCAGCAGAGGAUUUGUUUCAUUUCAAUGUUGGAGGCUGGCAUUUCUCAGUUCCCAGAAGCAAACUUGCUCAGUUCCCAGACUCACUGCUGUGGAAAGAGGCUUCAGCCUUGACCUCUUCAGAAAACCAGAGGCUGUUCAUUGACAGAGAUGGUUCUACAUUUAGGCAUGUCCACUAUUACCUCUACACUUCCAAGCUCUCCUUCUCCAGUUGUGCUGAACUGAACCUGCUCUAUGAGCAAGCUCUGGGUUUGCAACUGAUGCCUUUGCUUCAGACCCUAGAUAAUCUGAAGGAGGGGAAGCAUCACCUCCGUGUUCGGCCUGCGGACAUUCCUGUUGCUGAGAGAGCAUCUCUGAACUACUGGCGGACGUGGAAGUGCAUCAGCAAGCCUUCCGAAUUUCCAAUAAAAAGCCCAGCUUUCACAGGUCUUCACGAUAAGGCACCUUUGGGACUCAUGGACACACCACUGUUAGACACAGAAGAGGAAGUGCACUACUGUUUCUUGCCCCUUGACUUGGUAGCCAAGUACCCAAGCCUAGUGACAGAAGACAACCUGCUGUGGCUGGCUGAGGCCGUGGCCCUCAUCGAGUGCGAGUGCAGCGAGUUCCGCUUCCUUGUGAAUUUUCUCCGCUCACACAAGAUUUUACUACCAGAUAACUUCUCCAACAUAGAUGUGUUAGAAGCAGAAGUAGAAAUUCUGGAAAUCCCGGAGCUUACAGAAGCCGUACGCCUGUACCGGAUGAAUAUGGGUGGCUGUUCCCGGACCUCCUGUCCUCCUCCAAGCCCUGGAAAGGGGGGCCGUACAGCUAGUCUGGAGUCUGUGAAACCAUUGUACAUGAUGGCAUUGGGUCUUCUGGUCAAGUACCCAGACUCUGCACUGGGACAGCUUCGCAUUGAGAGCACACUGGAUGGAAGCAGACUGUACAUCACAGGGAAUGGGGUCCUCUUCCAGCAUGUCAAGAACUGGCUGGGCACUUGCCGACUGCCCCUGACUGAGACCAUCUCUGAGGUGUAUGAGCUUUGUGCCUUCCUGGAUAAGAGGGACAUCACCUAUGAGCCAAUGAAAGUGGCUCUCAAGAGUCAUCUGGAGCCGAGGACUUUGCCACCCAUGGACGUGCUCAAUGAGGAGUGGACAGCAGGGGUCACUAUAUAUUCACCCCAACAGAUCAUCAAGCUUUAUGUUGGAAGCCAUUGGUAUGCAACCACCCUGCAGACCCUGAUGAAGUAUCCAGAACUGCUAUCCAACACUCAGAGAGUAUACUGGAUCACCUACGGACAGACCUUGCUCAUCCAUGGUGAUGGCCAAAUGUUCCGACACAUUCUCAACUUCCUCAGACUUGGAAAACUGUUUUUACCAUCAGAAUUUAAGGAAUGGCCUCUCUUCUGCCAGGAGGUGGAGGAAUAUAAUAUUCCAGCCCUUUCAGAAGCCCUUGUACAGUGUGAGGCAUACAAGUCAUGGACUCAGGAAAAAGAAUCUGAAAAUGAAGAAGCUUUUCCUAUUAGGAAGCUGCAUGUGGUGACAGAAGGGACAGGGCCAAUGGCAGAGUUCAGUAGAGAUGCCAAGGAAACCACAACCUGCAUGCCUGUGGACUUCCAAGAUUGCAGUGACAGGACUCCAUGGAACAAGGCCAAAGGGAACCUGACCAGGUCCAGUCAGAUGGAGGAGGCGGAACAGUACACCCGGACUAUCCAGGUCUCCCUAUGCAGAAAUGCCAAGAGGGGGGGCAAUCCCAGCACAUACUCACACUGUUCUGGCUUAUGUGCCAACCCCAGGCACUGGGGAGGUCACGCUGAGAGUCCUCCCAAGAAGAAGUGCCCCACUAUAAACCUCACACAGAAAUCUGAUGCCAAAGACCCUCCUGUCACCCCCAUGCAAAAACUCAUAUCUUUGGUAAGGGAAUGGGACAUGGUCAACUGUAAACAGUGGGAAUUCCAGCCACUGACAGCCUCCCGGAGCAGCUCUUUGGAGGAAGCUACCCUGCAUGUCCCCGCAGGAAGUGAGGCUACUUCCCAACCUGGUACCUCAGGUGCCUGGAAAGCUCAUUCCAUAACUGCAGAGAAGGACACUGGUCCCCAGACUGGGCCUGGAGCUGGAGUGAAAGACAAGGGUCCAGAGCCAACUUUUAAGCCAUACUUCCCCACAAAAAGAGCUGUCACCCUAAAGGACUGGGGCAAGCAGAGGCCCAAGGAGAGAGAAAAUUUUGCCCCUGAGCAGCCUCUGCCUAAUGUUAAUGGGAUAGACAACCCAGGGGCCAUCCUCAAAGUGACUCACCCCCCUGUGGUGGGUAGUGAUGGCUCUUGCAUGUUCUUUGAAGACAGCAUCAUCUACACCACCCAGAUGGAUAACAUCAAGCAUACACCACUCACAGCAAGCCCCCAACCUCGAGAAGUGACUUUCCUGAGUUUCUCUUUGUCCUGGGAAGAGAUGUUUUAUGCACAGAAAUGUCACCGCUUCCUGACUGACAUCAUCCUGGAUUCCAUCAGGCAAAAGGACCCCAAAGCUAUCACAGCCAAGGUGGUGUCCCUGGCCUACCGGCUGUGGACGCUGAACAUCAGCCCCAAGCAGUUUGUGGUGGAUUUGUUGGCCAUCACUGGCUUCAAGGAUGAUCGGCACACUCAGGAGCGUCUGUACAGCUGGGUAGAGCUCACACUGCCUUUUGCCAGAAAAUAUGGCCGUUGCAUGGACCUGCUCAUCCAGAGGGGACUGUCUAGGUCUGUCUCGUACUCAGUACUGGGCAAGUAUUUACAAGAGGGUUAGAGUACCCACAGAUGUUGGUCCCACAGACCACCAGCACUUGCCCAAGGCUCAUUUUAACUGUGGAUAUCCCCAGAGUGCACAUGCCCAGCCAAUGAUACAAAUCACUCUAUUUUUUAUUAUAAACAAAUAAAAGAGUAAA